UUAAGAAACCGGAAACGCGCACAUACUGUACCCGGGUUACACGUUUAUUUUGGUAAGCCCGCUGGCUUCCAGACUGCGAUGACGCCUUUACACUUAUUUUGUACACUACGCUGUGGUGCAAGGGGCUUGAUACACCGAGGCGUUCUUUGCACUGGCAUCAAAUUCACAGCCUGGGAUUGUCGAAACGCGCGCUGCUACACCACCUCUGCCGGGCAGGCCCCUGUCAAGACUAUGGAGGAAAUACUGAAGAGGACUGUGGCUCCGUUACCCCCGUAUGAGACGAGAGAUAAGUCUCCGCCUCCCCCGGAGUCCAGCAGCGUGGAGUUUAUGCAUUUUUACAGAAGCUUAGAUAAGGAGCAAAAGCUUGAAUUCCUGGACAGGCUAUCACGGGAUUUUGGUGUGGACCACAAAAGCGUUUCAGAGCUGGCCGCGAAAGCAGUCGAAACGCAGCUCCGGGACUUGCCGACAGUCCUUCAAGUGGAGGACAGGCUACGAUACAUCCUGACCCCUCGUUACAGACAACUGUUCGGUCAUAUUAGCAGGGUAGAGGGAGGGGUGAAGUUUUUGGUGGAUCUACGCGCAGACAUGAUCGAAAUAAUUUCAUCCAAAGCCAGCGAAAGUCCUCACUUAAGGGACCUUAAUGGGACCCUGAAAGGCCUGCUGUCAGAAUGGUUUUCUGUUGGUUUGCUCCAUCUGGAGAGGGUUACCUGGCAGUCCCCCUGCGAGCUCCUUCAAAAGAUUAGCCAGUACGAGGCGGUUCACCCCGUGAGGAACUGGACGGACAUUAAGCGCAGGGUGGGUCCUUACCGCCGCUGCUAUGCGUUCACCCAUGCCGCCAUGCCUGGAGAGCCUCUCAUCGUCCUGCACGUGGCCCUGACUGAGGACAUCUCCAACAACAUCCAGACCAUCCUGCGAGAGUUUGCUACUGUGGACACCGAAGAGGACGUAAACAAGAUAAAUUCGGCUAUUUUCUACUCCCUCUCCUCCACCCAGGCGGGGCUGCAGGCAGUGGACCUGGGGACCUACCUUGUCAAGAAGGUGGUGCUCAAGCUGCAGGGUGAGUUUCCCCACAUCUCCCAGUUCUCCAGCCUGUCUCCUAUCCCAGGGUUCUGUGCCUGGCUGCAGGGCCUGCUGAGCUCGCAGCGCAAGGAGGGCCGAGGGGCGGGGCUGCUGACGGAGCAGGAGUGGCGGGAGGUGGAGGAGGCCACGGGGUCGGCGGGCGGGGCCGCGGACUCCCUGCGCAAGCUGCUGGCCAGCGGCGACUGGGCGCGCUCGGAGCGGCUGGCUCGGGCCCUGGAGCCGGCCCUCAUGCGCCUCUGCGCCUGGUACCUGUACGGCGAGAAGAGGCGCGGCUACGCCCUCAACCCCGUGGCCAACUUCCACCUGCAUAACGGCGCCACCAUGUGGAGGCUCAACUGGCUGGCCGACUCCAGCCCGCGCGGCGUCAGCGCCUCCUGCGGCAUCAUGGUCAACUACCGCUACUUCCUGCAGGAGACCAACGCCAACAGGGCCGCCUACCUGCAGAACAAGUCCAUCGCCGCAUCUGACCAGGUGCUCGGCUUGGUAUCGCAGCACCAGAAGAACAGUAAACUGUGACACUGCCCCCUAGUGUUCGAGAGGACACAUGGUACAGCCUUGUAACGCAAACCUGUAGAGCUAGACUCUGUUCUACUUCAAAGAGUU